AUGGAAUCUUGCUUGUCGUCCUCCCAGCAAAACCAACUACAACUAGCACCUCAACAAGUACAACCUCUACGUCUACAAGCACGUCUACCAGCACAUCAACUAGUACAUCUACAGUACUACAGUACUUCAACCAGUACGUCUACUAGCACAUCUACAAGUACAUCUACUAGCACGUCUACUAGCACAUCUACCAGUACAAGUACGUCUACCAGUACUUCAACUAGUACAUCGACAAGUACUUCUACUAGUACAUCUACAAGCACUUCGACAAGUACGUCUACUAGUACGUCUACAAGUACAUCUACCAGUACUUCAACCAGCACAUCAACUAGUACAUCUACAAGCACAUCUACUAGUACGUCUACAAGCACGUCUACCAGCACAUCAACCAGCACAUCUACCAGUACAUCGACCAGUACUUCGACGAGCACAUCUACCAGUACAUCUACAAGUACUUCAACCACAUCAACUAGUACCUCCACCUCCACAAGUACCUCCACCAGUACAUCUACCUCUACUUCUACAACGACCACCACCACGUACAGUCCAGGCUGCGCUGACAAGCCCGUGGAGCCAGCGAACAGGGUCACCGUGACGACCUGUGGAGAUAUAUUGCCAGAGUAUCGAGAUAUCUGCACCUGUCUCCCGUGCUCACAGUUCUCCCGACUUCAGCUGAACUGCAGCAUCUGCUCCGGCUGCGACAUGGAGAUCUUCGCUGUCCACGAUUUCCAAAUCAACCUGGCCCUCCACUUCAUCUUCAAUAAUAGCUGUCCGUACCCGGUUAAUUUGGGAGACCUUACGUACGGCAACGAAGCCAGGUUCGUGGUGCUGCUCCUGUGUUAUCCGAUUCCGUCGCGGAUCACCUUCCCCGGUCCCUUCCCCACGUGGCCGGCCGUCAGGAUCGUUUUCUAUAUGACCGGAUGCCCGAACUUGUUCACCGGCGAGCCCUGUAUUGACCUCACUGGCCGUCGGCGCCGCACUUCCACCGGCAUUCAAGGUCAAGCCAUUUCUUACGAGAGCCCGAGACCCGAUAGGUGGACGGGAGGGAAGUCGGUGUUGUCGGGGACCCCGUCGGACGGCCAGAGUCUCCGGUCCCACUCCGAGCAGGAAGAUCUGUCUUGGCUCAGCGUCUUCUCCAAUCUCACUCAUCUAUAUCUCAUCGAGGUCAAAGUGGACACCUCGACGCUGCCGGUGCUAGAACACCUGCACACCCUCGUCAUCCAAGACGGGACGGGAGUGAUGGAGCAGGACAACUACGACCUGCGUCAUCUCAGUCACGUCCAGGAAGUGUUUCUGACUCUGGGCGAGACGACGCUCCACUCCGACUUCGUGAUGCUCGAGUCGGACAGCCUUCAGUACGUGGAGGUCGCGGUCCCCAACGCCAAGGUGAACAGCCUGGAGAUCAACUUCAUCAACCUGGGGGCGUCAGGGGGGCGAAUCUCCCCUCCUGCUUCCGGAUCGCUUCGGACAGUCGUUCCGGAGGUCACCAUGAAGGUCAACCGAGUUCACAUGCCCUUUGUCCUGUACCCUGUGUUCCUGCCGCUGCUGAAGGUCGCCGUCAUCCACUGGGUCAAUGACGAUGGCACCUACGUCUCCUGCGACCACUGUGGCAUCGCCUGGUUCUGGACCCUCAGCGAGCAGGAGCUAGAGUGCCUGCAAGUCGCGUGCACCAACCCCGAGGGCCAGCUGAUGAUGGCACAGGACUACAUUCGCGGGGGAGGAAGCAACCCGUGUGCCAUCUACUUUGGCUAAGGAGGACCGCCGCCUGCCCACGGAUCGCGCCCGGUGCCUCGUCCGUUCUUGAGGAGUGCCAGUGCCAUGGAGCCGGAGAAAUACACCUUCGUUCCCAAUUGUAUUUUCAUUCAGAUCUUCCUCGAGUUUGGAGUUAUUGUUGGUUUUAUGUAGUGAGUGAUAACGGUUGAUGAAAAUACUCUUCAUAUACGUUGAAAGUUGAAGCCA